AUGAUCAACUCAUUGAGCCUUUUAGCUCUUGAUCUCAUUAGGGCUAAAUUCACUUGGUCCAAUGGACACAGUGGGGAGGAUCUUAUUCAGGUCAAGCUUGUCAGGGGCCUUAUUUCUCCAGAUUGGCUUCGGUUGGCUUUCUGCAAACUCAAUGCCCUAGCCUGUGUUGGAUCAGAUCACUUUCCCAUUUUCCUGUCAGUCUCUCCGUUGUUUGGCAGAAAGGCGUACCGCUUCAGAUUUGAAAAAAUGUGGCUCAUGGCCCCGAAAAUCCAAGAUAAAAUUUUGGAAUCGUGGAGUAUUAAUAACCAGGGAACGACUAUGUUUAGAAUAGUCAACAAGCUUUCCAAUGUUAAGUCUAAUAUCCAACACUGGAAUAAAUCCACUUUUGGCAACAUCUUCAAAGCUAAAGAGAAGCCCAAACUAGAACUUGUGGAGGUUCAAGAGCAUAUCCAAGCUUAUGGGUUUGAAAUUGAUGUUUCGAAUAAUGAAAUUGAUAUUUUGACCAAAUUGCAUGACAUUAUCUCCAAAGAAGAAGAAUAUUGGAAGCAAAGAUCUAGAGCCUUAUGGAUCAAAAGCGGUGAGAAAAACACUAAGUUCUUUCAUAUGAUGACUCUUAAGAACAGGGCUACCAAUAGAAUAAACAAAAUUCAGAUUGGACAGAGAUGGGUUGAUAAGCAUGAUGAGAUCUUUUAG